AUGGACCUGUCAUUUGAAGUCUACCGCGGUUCACCCAGUGGUCACGUUGUAUCGGACACUACGACUCGAAUCUUAGGACCCAAUGAGGUCUAUAUUGAAAUCACCCACUCAGGAAUAUGUGGAACGGAUGAGCAUUUUUUGAACUCAACCCAGGUCCUCGGCCAUGAAGGUAUUGGCGUCGUCAGACUUCUUGGCUCAAACGUGACCGCAGUCAAGGUUGGCGAGCGCGUUGGCUUUGGAUAUGUGCGCAAGGUCUGCGGUUGGGAUCAAUACUGCCGGAAUGCUAGGAUCUACGGUGAAUGUGACUUUGACGUCGGUACGUUUGGCCACGGCACCGUCUGGGAUGUGAGUUGUGUCUUUCCUAUUCCCAAUGGCUACUCAUCUGAAGACGCGGCGCCUCUCCUCUGUGCUGGGGCCACGGUCUGGAACUGCCUAAGUCAUUUUGGUGCUCGUCCAACAGACCGGGUCGGCAUCCUCGGUAUUGGGGGACUGGGCCAUUUGGCUAUCAAGAUUGCUGCCGAGAUGGGAUGUCAUGUCGUGGUCAUAUCCCGAACAGACGAUAAGAAAGAGGAUGCACUCCGAUAUGGUGCAGCGGAGUUUCAUGUUCUAGAUCAGGUUGAUCACUCUUCUUUUCGGCCUUUGAAGCAUUUGUUGCUCUGUGGAAGUCACUUGCUCAACCAAGCAUCGUUAGUACCCUCUACUAUGGUAUAG